GACACAGCUACUGCAUGAACUGUAUUAAAAGCUUCUGGGAUGUAGAGGGUAGAAAGUACAUCUACAGCUGUCCUCAGUGCAGGAAGACGUUCACACCGAGGCCUGUCCUGCUGAAAAACACCAUGUUAGCAGAUUUAGUGGAGGAGCUGAAGAAGACUGGACUCCAAGCUGCUCCUGCUGAUCACUGCUAUGCUGGAGCUGAAGAUGUGGCCUGUGAUUUCUGUACUGGGAGAAAACUCAAAGCACACAAGUCCUGUCUGCAAUGUCUGGCUUCUUACUGUGAGAAACACCUUCAGUUUCAUUAUGAAUCAGAGACAUUCAAGAAACACAAGCUGGUGGAGCCGUCCAAGAAGCUCCAGGAGAACGUCUGCUCUCGUCAUGAUGAGGUGAUGAAGAUGUUCUGCCGUACUGAUCAUCAGCUUAUCUGUUAUCUCCGCUCUGUGGAGGAACAUAAAGGCCACGACACAGUCUCAGCUGCGGGAGAGAGAGCUGAGAGGCAGAGAGAGCUCGAGGGGAGUCGACAAAACAUCCAGCAGAGAAUCCAGGACAGAGAGAAAGAUGUGAAGCUGCUUCAACAGCAGGCGGAGGCCAUCAAUCGCUCUGCUGAUAAAGCAGUGGAGGACAGUGAGAAGAUCUUCACUGAGCUGAUCCGUCUCCUGGAGAAAAGAAGCUCUGAUGUGAAGCAGCAGGUCAGAUCCCAGCAGAAAAGUGAAGUGAGUCGAGUCAAAGAGCUUCAGGAGAAGCUGGAGCAGGAGAUCACUGAGCUGAAGAGGAAAGACGCUGAGCUGAAGAAGCUCUCACACACAGAUGAUCAAAACCAGUUUCUACACAACUACCCCUCACUGUCACCACUCAGCCAAUCAGCAUCCAGCAUCCAUAUCUGUCCUCUGAGCUGCUUUGAGGACGUGACAGCGGCCGUGUCAGAAGUCAGAGAUAAACUACAGGACGUCCUGAGAGAGAAGUGGACAAACGUCUCACUGGACAAUCUGCAUUGUAUUAUUUAG